CAUGACGUCAGCAGCAAUCAGCGCUUGUUUGGAAGUUACAGUGGUACCGAGAGGAGCGAGCUACCAUGGUUCUCAUCAAGGAGUAUCGAGUGGUUCUACCCUGUAGUGUUGAGGAGUACCAAGUGGGACAGCUGUUCUCCGUGGCUGAAGCGAGUAAAAAUGAGACGGGUGGUGGUGAGGGCAUUGAGGUCCUCAAGAAUGAACCCUAUGAAAAGGACGGCGAGAAGGGACAGUUCACUCACAAAAUCUAUCAUCUAAAAAGUAAAGUCCCAGGGUUUGUCAAGGUGUUUGCCCCGGAAGGCUCCCUGGAAUUUCAUGAAAAAGCCUGGAAUGCCUACCCCUACUGCAGAACCAUUGUGACGAAUGAGUAUAUGAAAGACAAUUUCUUCAUUAAGAUUGAGACGUGGCACAAACCAGACCUUGGAACACAAGAAAAUGUGCACAAACUAGACAGUUCCACGUGGCAGAACGUAGCGGUGGUGCCCAUUGACAUCGCAGACAGAAGUGAGGUGUCCGCUGCGGACUACAAGCCAGAUGAGGACCCUGCCAAGUUCAAGUCAGCAAAGACCGGCAGAGGACCCCUGGGGCCCGCCUGGAAGAAAGAGCUGGUUAGUAAGACGGACCGCCCGAGGAUGUGUGCCUACAAACUGGUCACAGUCAAGUUCAAGUGGUGGGGCCUGCAGACCAAGGUGGAGAACUUCAUCCAUGAGCAAGAGAAGAGGAUCUUCAAUAACUUCCACCGCCAGCUCUUCUGCUGGAUUGAUAAGUGGGUGGAGCUGAAUAUGACAGAUAUUCGUCGUAUGGAGGCAGAGACACAGAAUGAGCUGGAUGAAAUGCGUAAGAAAGGCUCUUUGCGAGGCACUAAGGCUGCAGACCAGUAGCCAGGCCAUGUGUAGGUCUGAGUGUUGCUGUCUUCGCAGACGGGGAGAAGUACGAGGAACCAGUGCUGCUGCCGACUGAAAAGGCAAAGGAUUUUAAACGCCCACAAUGACAGGAGUGAUGCAAACAAAAAAAAGAGGGCCUCUUUGGUGCCAUAUUUUUUUUUUCUGGCUGUGUGGGGGCAAUCAUUAGAGCAGAUCCCUGACUUUCACCCAAUCAUAGACCUUUCUAUACACUGAGGAAAAGAUUUAUAGAAACCAACACGAUGGUAGUGUCUGAUAAGACUCAUUUUGAUCUCCUGGGCAGAGAAAGGCCCGAUAUCAGCAUCAUGUUAUUGACGACACCUAGCCUUCAGGAGAGAUAUGAACAGGAGCUGUUUGCAGUAGAGAUACAUUUUUACAAAGCACAUUUAUUGGAUUGAUUCCACUGUGGCAGGUGUUGGACCAAACAUUUCCCCUGUCAGUUUUAGACUUUCUUUCUCCAAAACAUUCCUCUCAAGAUGAUGCCCCGCCUGACCUCUCUUUGUCUCUUCCUCGCUCUGAACUGUACACAUUGGGGCUCAGGGGUUUGCAUUCCCCGGCAUGAGUGUGUGUGUUUGUCAUACUCAUGUUCCUUCCUGCCACAGCCUCCAUUAAGAGAUUACUAACACCCUUGGCGCAUUUGCCCGUUGUAAUCUCCCCCCCCCCCCCCACAUCAGCCCACUUUACCCAACACUGCAUCUUAUUAUCACUGACAAUCAUGCCUGUACAGGUAUUCACUCUCGUACACACUUACUAGCACCCCACACAUGCAUGCAUAUGACGCAUAUACAUCACGCACAUAAGAAUAAACAUGUGAAUUCAUUCUCACACGCUCACAGGUGUGGAUGCCUAUGCAGUGACUGGUCUCCUAACAGCGUACGCUGGGCAGAUCUAUGCACGCUGGUGCAGCUAAAAGGAUGGUACUUUGAAAGUGUUUACAGCUCCCACUGAUUCCUUUUUUCCCCCCACUCCACACACUCCCUGUUCUGAAGACAUUCGCACAAAACAUCCAACACACCAUUCACCUCCAUAGCAGAUGUCCCCAAAGAAAGAACUGCACUGAAAAACAGCCACAGAUGGUGCUGCACCCCUCCAGCCUCCGUCACAAGCCAAACUGCACCGCACUGCUCGCCCCACCUUGCCCAGCCCUCCCCAGAGGCCCGUCUCUCUCCUCUGGUUAUCUGAGGUAGACGCUCUCCUAAAGGCCUCUUUUCUUCUGCUUCACUCUGGGUGUGUUUACAGGCCGUACCAGGGCCCAGUCGACACCAGCACCACACACUGCUCGCCGUAAUCUCCGGACCUAUAUCGGGCCUUUUAUACCUAUCGUACCUCUGCUGUCAGCUGUUGCUCUAGCUACCUCCCUUUUUUCUGACUGGCAAUUUUCCUAACACCAAAAGGUUAGCACAAGCUAUGAGCCUACUACCCGUUAGGAUUAAAUCAUGUCAGGCAGAUCUUUAUGAGCAAAGUUGUUGGGGAUCAGUCUCUAUUUUACUUCCAGGCUGUAAAGUGCAUGUUUCCCGAUAUGUUUAGCAGUGCCUGAAUCAUUGCCAUUCCUUCAGCAAGCUAAAACGUUGCCACCAGAUAAGCCUUUACGGUACAGCGUUUGGUGCAAAAGUCUGCAGAUUUCCCAUCAGCCUUUUAAUUGACAUGACAUAUUAAUGACUCUUCAACUCCAUAGUGCACUUUUUUCCCCUUAGGCUACAGAAUCAUGUGGCACUAGCCUACAGUGAUCAUCAAUAGUGUUACAUACAUAUACAGUACAAGUGGUCCUCAUUCAAUCCUUGUUUUUUGUGAUGUUUCAAUGUCUGAAAUUGAGCAACGGGGAUUGGGGUUCUGUUUUUAGAGAUAUUUUCAAUAUAUGCUAUUUUCUCCAAGACCAAGAUUCAAUGAAAUAAUCUGCAUUCUCCUAAUGUGUUUAUUUGUGUAAAUGUAUGAGAUACUAUCACUUAACGGUUUAGUGGCUUGUCCAAAGGGUGUGAAUGGAUGUCUGAUAUGUUUACAUAAAUUCAGCAAAUGUGGUUAGUAUUAAAGGAAAAUUGAGAAGCUAAAUUUUACUUCACAAAAAACUUCUCAGGUGAACAUAAUGACACGAUAUUUUAGCUAUAGUUGCUCACCAGUCGACCCAAUUAAUUCUCUUCCUUUCACCAAACCAUAUCCUUUUCUGGGAAAUAUGGUACACUUAGAAACCAGUGGGAAGUGGUAUAUACAGCAAAGAAGACGGCCAGAGAUUGUAUGCAUAUGUCUCAAAUAGCAAACAGUGUGAAACAGUUGGUCUUCAGUGUAAUCAAUGUUUCCAAAGUCUAUCUUAAUGAUUCCUGCUGUGUGUUGAAUAGAGAAGCCAGUGGCUAGAGAGAACAACCUCAAUCAAUGGUUUACCGUCGCUCACGACAAUGUUUUGGGGGAGAGGAAACUGUACAGUCUUAUUCUAAUUUAUGAAACUGCUUGCUAUUUAAAUGUUUCUGAUCAGCUUUUGAAAUUCAGGGGACAUGGUAGUGAAUGUAUGAUUUUGUGCCUUUUCUUUCCGAAAUCUUGUUUGUGUGUGCCAUAAGUCUACGUAUUGUAUCUAAAUAUCAAAUAAAUUCAACAUACAUUUCA